UCUGCGUCAGAUUGUCUAGAAGAUCUGACCAAUAAACUCCAGGGAAGAUCGCGCUAUCCGAUCGCUUCUGGAGGCUUUGGAGACAUCUGGAACGCUUCCCAUAGGAUUAUCUUGAACAUCACGCAGGUAGCAGUGAAGACUAUCCGUUCUUUCGGGUCGGAUAACAAAGAAUUGACGCGAAAGAAUGGGAAGAGAGUGCGUCGUGAGCUGAAAGUUUGGGCCCGUCUCAAACACCGUAGCAUUCUUCCCCUCUGUGGAGUGGCAAACGACUUUGGGCCCCACCCAGCAAUGAUUUGUCCAUGGGCUGACAAUGGAGCUCUCACAGGCUUUCUUGAGCGUCAACAAGACGUGUUGUCGCCUCAAGAUAAGUUUUCCCUUCUAGAUGACAUUGCCCUUGGAUUAGAGUACCUCCACAGUGAAUCAGUUGUCCAUGGUGACCUGACAGGGUCGAAUGUCUUGAUUUAUGGCAACGGUCGGGCAUGCCUCGCUGAUUUUGGUCUCUCCACUAUCAUUCUGGAAUUCGUCGGUACCUCCUAUUUUACGAGCUCCAUCCGAGGGAACGUCCGAUGGGUGGCUGCAGAGUUAUGUGAAGCAUCAGAAGACGAUGAAGUUUCGCUCAGCACCGAGUGCGACAUAUACUCGUUUGGCAGUAUCACCCUGCAGGUGUUGACUUGCAAGGUACCGUACUACAACGUGAAAAAUGAUAUUUUAGUGUUGGGACAGGUCAUUAAGGGCAAGAAACCAGAGCCUCCCAAGGAGUCGCAAAUAGCGCCUGGGCUUUGGGAGUUCAUACAGCGGUGCUGGUUGCCUCGUGCAAGUCGUCCAUCGGUUGGAGAAAUCGUAGCAUUUGUU